AUGAGGCUCAUUAGGAAGAUUGACGACGAUGGGAACUCCAUACUGCAUAUGGUUGGGAGAAAAAGAAAACAUCGUGCUGCUGAGGACAUGCGAAGCCCUGCUCUGCUAUUGCAAGAGGAUUUGCUCUUGUUUGAGCUAAAGCGCACUGCAGAAAAUUGCUCCAUUGUUGCUGUGCUGAUUGCCACUGUUGCCUUUGCCGCGGCCUACACAGUACCAGGAGGCCCAAACCAAAGUACUGGUUCUCCAAUUAUUCUCAACCAACCUUUCUUCGAGAUAUUCACCAUUACUGACGUACUCUCCCUUGCAUUCGCUUUGACAUCAGUGGUUACAUCUCUCUCCAUCCUCACAUCUGCUUUUCGAUUGAAGGACUUCAAAUAG